AUGAACACCUUUCUGCUGUGCACUCUGUGCCUCCUGGGGGCCUGGGCUGCCCUGGUAGGAGGAGUCACUGUGCAGGAUGGAAAGUUCUCCUUUCCUCUGGAAUCUGUGAAGAAGCUCAAGGACCUCCAGGAUCUCCCGGCGCCCAGCAUGGAGAACCGCGGGACAUUUGGCCGACCCAUGGUUCCCCGCCUCUGUAGGAACCCCAACUUUCCCAUAGAACUCAAGCCUAUCUGCAAGGAGCCCAAUGCCCACGAGAUCCUCCAAAGGCUGGAGGCCAUCGCCGAGAACCCGAGCUCCUGUGAGAUCUGCGCCUACGCGGCCUGUGCCGGCUGCUAG